CACUUAUCUUAGCAUCAGGUUGUGCUGAUUUAUGAACAUAUGUGCAUGUACUAACGCUUUUGCCUCACUGUAAAAAAAAAAAAAAAAAAGGGUAAAAUGGAAGAGCUGCAGAAACAAAUAGAAUCUCUUCAAACAGCCUUGGCAGCCGAAAAGGAGAAGUCGCAGACAGCAAAACAGGAUGCAGACGAGGCUAGAGAAGAAGUAAAAAAGAGGGAGGCUAGUGCCAAGCCUAAUGCCGUCUACAUCUCACCUGGUCGGAGGUUGGAAGUUUUUCAUGGCAGACCAACAAAGCCUACAGAUCCUAAUGUGCAGGACUGGGUGGCUGACGUGAGGGCACAACUUGAACUGAGGCUAUUGACACCAAAAGCAGCGGCAGCAUUUGUGAAAGAAAACUUAGCCGGAUAUGCUCGAAAAGAAAUUAACGGGCGAGGCAAGGAAGUUGGUGAAGAUGCAGAGAAGAUUCUCGCAGUUUUGCUGAGAGUGUUUGGAGAUGGCAACACCCUACCACAGCUCCAGCAAAGGUUCUUUUCAUACAAGCAGAUGCCUCAGCAGGACCUAUUAAGUUGUUCACUGGAACUGGUGAGUCUCUAUGACAAUAUUGUUUCUCUUGAUGGUGCCUAUAGUGCAUGCAGGGAAAGCUCUCUAAAAAGCAGAAUGGCUGAAGCAGUCGUCGAUGAAAACCUAAAGAGAGAGUUAAGGAGACUUAAUAUCGAGUCACCCAAACUGGCUUUCUUUGAGCUUAGAGACAGGGCAGUGAAUUGGCUUGGAACUACAACAGAUAGAUGUACAAGGGAGGCCACUGUGAAGACCGUAUCAGCAGAGACCAAUGUUCUUGAACUCCUGAAGAAGCAAACUGCGCAGAUAGAGGCUCAACAAACGCAAAUAAACAAGUUACAAGAUCAGCUAAUCAACGGCAGAGGACAGAUGCCAGUGAGACGGUAUCAGCCAUCAAAUGCAAGACAAGAUCGGCGUUGUUAUGUUUGCGACCAACCAGGCCACUUCAAGCGUGAUUGCCCACAAAGAGUAAGAAGGUCUAGCAAUGCCAACAAGUUCAAUCCUUUAAACGAAAGGAGCCCAUCGUCAUGAGUCAGACGGUGGGCGGCCCGUUCAACGACUCGUUCCUACAGAAAGCAGUUGGGAAGUGCCCGGAAAUUUCAGUUAGGGUAGGUAAUGUUAGCCUUAGAUGUCUUAUCGACACCGGAGCUCAAGUGUCAACCGUCACAGAAAGCUUUUACCGAGACCACCUAGCGCAUAGAGAAACAGAAGACAUUUCAUCACACUUAAAGAAAUCAGGGGCACAGGGCUUAGAAAUCCCAUAUGUAGGAUAUUUGGAGGUAGCAAUCUCAGUAAUGGGACAUCAUUUCGACAACAUGGGGUUCCUGGUUGUUAUGGAUCCUGUUGGUUCGCCCAUAGCGGAAAGGAAGAGAGAUGUUCCUGGUGUAUUAGGGUCCAAUGUUCUACGUGACAUGAGAAAGAUUAUGCGGCUGCAAGGUGGGAGCGUGAAUGGACAUGCAUGUGAGGAGGAACGUCACCUUAUACAUGCGUUCGCACUCUAUGAAGAGUUGACGGCAGUUAAACAACCACCAGAAAUCAAUAAUCUUGUUCGUAUCGCAGGGAAUAAACCAGUACUUAUUCCGGCUAGAACACUGAAGACUGUGAGUUGUUCUACUUUAGCAUCAUCAUCCGAACCAUAUGAAGCUCUUCUAGAAGAGAACAGUUUGCACGAGUUGCAGAAUGGUCUGAGUAUAGCACCCAUACUAGUUGGAAUAAAUCGACGUGGACUUGUUCUGUUACAAAUAGCCAAUUUUGCUGAUGUAGACAUUUACAUUCAACCUAGAACUCCAGUUGCUAGGGCCAUUAAUGCACAAACAUAACCGGAUGUAGUUUUUCAGUACCAUAGCAUGUGUUCAGAGAUGCAGGGGCUAUCACAGGCGGACGGUGAUAUAGAUUCUGUAGGUAACUUGUUAUCUAGGAUGAAUAUUGGUAAAGGUCUUAGCACUAAUCAACAGAAACUACUACAAAGAUUGAUUCAGAAACAUGAAGAUGUGUUUAGUAAGGAUGAUGACGAUAUUGGGUACUGUUGCGAUGUAAAGCAUAAAAUUAUUCUACAUGAUGAAAGACCAGUGAAAGUGCCUCAUCGGAGAGUUCCUCCACACCAGUGGGACGAAGUACGUGAGUACAUUCAGAAAUCUUUAGAUAAGGGUAUAAUCAGACCAUCCUCAAGCCCAUUUGCAUCGCCAGUUGUGUUGGUCAAGAAGCGGGAUGGUAAACUACGGCUUUGUGUCGAUUAUAGAGCCUUAAAUCAGAAGACACAUAAAGAUGCCUACCCGCUGCCUCGUAUAGAUGAAGCACUAGAUGCGCUCAAGGGAGCUAAGUUUUUUUGUAGCCUGGAUCUUGCUCAUGG